AUGCGCCUGCUUCGACUGCUGGGCUUGGCUGCUGCCCUCGCAGCCUGCGCUUUCCCGAGACCUUCCAACUUUGUGGCGUGGAAAUCCGGUCGUUGCCACCGCUCGAACAAGCCUCUGACGGGGUGCAGAGCCGCCGUUUCGGAAACGGACGGGCUACAGCUGCAUGCCUCCCGUGCGGUGCUUCACCUCAGCAUUGUCCCACAACCUGCACCCGCCAGCACUGGUAUUGCCGGCCCCGGGCUGCCCCCUGGUGUGCAGUCGCUCAGUCUAUUGGGCCGGACAAUCGGCGGCAGCUUUGCCAUUGAGUGGGAUGAAAGCCCUUGGGGACCCUACAUGGAGGUGGGCCUCUUGAGCAGUUUGGUGCUGGCUGCGGGCGCUUGGGGCGCUUGGGCCUCCCACGUUUGGGUGGACAGCGAGGAGGCCUCCAAGGGGGGCCGUGAGGUGUGGGGACUUCCCACCUCGCGGUGUGAUAUCAGCAUGCAGACUUCAGACGAAGAUGGGAAGGUGCUGGGCUUCGGUUUUGCUCCGCUCCUGCACAUCGGGGACGGCUGUGGGCCUUUGGGUCGUGUGGAUCGCAGUGCUCGCGUUACCGUGGGCCACCCGCCGUGGAUGGACAAGGCAAGCAGCAGAGUCGACGUCACUCUACCAAAUUUGAGUGGUGGCCUCUCAGAUGGCCGGAGCGGUUACACCGACGUGCUGUCCUACCCCUUGAGGCUCCAGGCACGAAGCUGGCGGCUACUUCCGGGUGCCGAGGUGUCUGGAGCCAGCGGCAUCGUACCGCGAGCCGACGUUUCGCAGUGGCUUCCUCUUUUCAGCAUCGAGCUGAGUGAUGUUGAGGUCAAUGCCGGUGUCCCCGAGAAGCUUAAGACAUGA